AUGGCAGCCAUAGGUGCCAUAGCUGCCAUAGGCACCAUAGGCGCCAUAGGCUCCGCAGGGAUCUUCUUGGCAGCUGGGUUCCCAGGUCUGGAUGGACUUGGGAUCAAUACCAGAGACCUCUUUUCAAGCGUAAGUUUCAAAAAUCAUCAUACUAGUGUCGUUGAACCAACUAGCAUUUACUAAACAAUUCUUAGUCCGAACGGCAACCAUCCUCUUCCCGUGACAAGAGGAUGCGUAUACACAAUACCAGAAAGUCGAGCCAACGUUUUCGCAUCAGAUCUCAAGCGAUGGAAAAGUACUGCCACCAAAUACCCAGACAGAAUGGUAUACCACAAUCUGGUGGAACCUGCCAUUUUUGCCAGUUGAUUACGGUGUUCUUACUUUUGAUUGCGGUUGGGAGUCUCGCUGUUGGUGUUUGGCGUACAUUCUUGACGGGCGAUGAGGGCAAAGGAUUCACGGAUGCAGGUUGGUUUGCUACUGUUGGGAGUACGCUAUACGUAGUUAUGGACAGGGUACAUGGGAAGUGCGAUUUCAUAAAGAACGGAUUAAAGUAG